GGUUGCAUAAGGAAGAAGUCGCUACCCAUCUGUAAGGCGGCGCGUGGCAUAUUAGUUGUGACCUCCCGCGCUAUGCAUGCUGGGAUUUGUAGUCUCGGGACACCUUGUUGACUUCUAGUCUCAUCCUCUUGGGUCGCGCUGCAGGCUGGGACUGGUAGUUUCCAUGGAGCCUGCCCUAAUGAAGGUUGGGGUCUCUGCAUGUGCCUCACAGGCUGCAGCGUGGGUGCGUGCGCGAGUAGCUCCCAUUCUCACCCGGCCUGGAACUGGCGGGUCGGAGCGUCCAGCAUGUCUUGACGGCGGCCCUUAAGAGCAGCCCUUACUAAUCGCUGGCGGAAUGCUCGAUCUGUGCCCCUGCUCCGGGCUGAUUGACUGCGGCUCCGAGACACGUGCUCUCUUUGCUCCGCUGGCUGGAGAGAGAGAGAGAGAGCUCACAGCCGGGGCCGGCCUCCUGUCCUGCACCCGCGUCAGUCCUCAGCUGACACACAUACAGCCCCGGCCCAGCCUCGCCCUCUCCGACCCAAUGGCCCAGCUCCAGGCUCGGUUCUUCACCGACAACCACAAGUAUAUAGUAGAUGAUGUUCCAUUCUCUAUCCCAGCAGCCUCUGAAAUUGCUGACCUCAGUAACAUCAUCAAUAAAUUGCUAGAAGCUAAACAUGAGGACCACAAACAUGUGGAGUUUGAUUUCCUUGUCAAGGGCCAGUUCUUGCGUAUGUUGCUGGUCAAACACAUGGAAGUGGAAAACAUCUCAACUGAGGAAGUGGUGGAAAUAGAAUAUGUGGAGAAGUACACUGCACCUCAACCCGAAGAAUGCAUGUUCCAUGACGACUGGAUCAGUUCUGUUGAAGCUACGGAAGAAUGGAUCUUGACAGGCUCUUAUGAUCAGACUUCUCGAAUCUGGUCUUUAGAAGGAAAAUCCAUCAUGACAAUUGCUGGGCAUACAGAAGUGGUGAAAGAUGUGGCAUGGGUGAAAAAAGAUAGUUUGUCAUGCCUGCUACUCAGUGCCUCUCUGGAUCAGACUAUCCUGCUGUGGGAGUGGAAUGUAGAGAGGAACAAAAUGAAAGCCCUUCACUGUUGUAGAGGACAUGCUGGAAGUGUGGACUCUAUAGCAGUUGACUGCACAAGAACUAAAUUCUGCAGUGGAUCUUGGGAUAAGAUGUUAAAGAUCUGGUCUGCAGUGCCUACAGAUGAAGAGGAUGAAAUAGAGGAAACAGCAAACAGACCAAGGAAGAAGCAGAAAAUUGAACAGCUUGGACUAACCAGGACUCCCAUUGCAACUCUUUCUGGCCAUACUGAAGCCAUCUCCUCUGUGCUAUGGUCAGACGCUGAAGAAAUUUGUAGUGCAUCAUGGGAUCACACAAUUAAAAUAUGGGAUGUGGAAACAGGAGGUCUCAAAUCAACUUUGACUGGAAACAAAGUGUUUAAUUCUAUCUCCUACUCCCCACUGUGUCGACUUCUAGCAUCUGGGAGUACUGACAGACACAUUAGAUUAUGGGAUCCCCGCACUAAAGAUGGUUCCUUGGUACUCCUCUCUUUGACCUCUCACAGUGGCUGGGUGACGUCUGUGAAGUGGUCCCCCACACAUGAGCAACAGCUAAUCUCAGGUUCUCUAGACAACAUUGUCAAGAUUUGGGACACAAGGAGUUGCAAGGCUCCUCUCUAUGAUUUGGCUGCUCAUGAAGACAAGGUUUUGUGUGUGGAAUGGACAGAAGCCGGGUUGCUGUUGAGUGGAGGGGCAGACAACAAGCUGUACUCCUAUAGAUAUUCAGCAACAACCUCUGAUGUUGGAGCAUGAAAAUGAAUGGCAAGAAGUAGCCCUAACCUGUUGGAAGUUUCUAGAUAACCUACAGUCCAGCAUCUGAAGAAAGCUGCCUCCUAGAAAAACUGUCUGUCUGCUUCUAUUUUGUAGCGGAGAGCAGCCAUUUCUGGUUUUUGUAUUAUAACAACAUGUAUAUGUAUUUAUAACAGAAAGACAGAACCACCAAGGAACCUCACCCUUAUCUGGUCUGAUAUUGAAGUCAAAUGUUUGUCCCCUUUUCUCUCAUAAGGACUAUAUAAAGAACAUUGGAGUUUAUUAAAAGUAAAGUGUCACUGAGAUUGCUAGACAAAUUACUUAUUAGACUAAAUUAUUUUGUAUUCACAUUCUAUUUUUUAUAAAGGUUUAUAAAGGUUUUAUCUAAAGUUUAGUAUAUUAUGGUCUGAGCUCAAGUAGGUGCUUGAGUUCCACAAUUUCCAGUUGCUUCAGUGGGGGCUGGAGGUGCUUAUUGGCUCAAGAUUCACCCCCGAACAAUGUCUGAUCCUGCUUUCACUGAAAUAAAUGGAAUUAGGAUAAGGUCCUUAAUAGGGUUGUGAUGCAAAUUAGGUCACCCUUAUAGUUUCAAUGUGAUCUCUGUUGAUUUUAUUGGCAAAUGGAAUAUUUUGAUUCCUGUCAUUCAUAAGUUAAGGUGGUGUAAAUGUAUAUUUAAAAAAAAAAUACUGGCUGAUACUGGAAAAAAAAUACUCAGUUCAUUCGCCAGAUUAACAUACUAUACAGUAAUACAUUAAUGAAAUAACCCACGGCUAGGGAAACCCUUAUUGUGCCCAGUCCAAACUGAAGCUCUAAGUACCAGUUGGCAAAAAGACUGCAGACAAAGCAAUGUUUUAUCAGAUCAAUUUAUUGUAACUGUCUGUUCUUAGCUAGAUGCCCCAAGGAGUUGUGUAUAUGAUUUUUUUCUUCUUACCCUCCCCCACAUGAAAUUAGUAUAUCAUCUUAAUCUGGUGUUCUCUGAGUAAUACUUCCUAUAAAAUAAUAAGGGUUCAACACGUGUGCGAGUUGGCUGAGAAUCUCAGCACUAGAACACAUUCUUCUGUAACAAAGAGCAAGUUAAGUGCUCAAAUCUCUCUCUCUUGGUAUAUUUUCACAUCAGCAAAUAACUUGCAUUGGGGAAUUUUCUUUUCAAUUUAGUAGAAGCAAUCUGUGCCUUUAGCUGGGUUGAGGAUAUGGCAUUUAAUGCACAAUCAGCUUUAUUUUAGAGAAUGUAGAUCAACAAUUCACCUGUUUUCUGGGUUUCUGGGGGGAGGAAAAUACAAAAAUUUCACAAGGCUUCAAUCUUGCAACGAACUAGUUAGACAUUCAUGUGGACUCGCUUCCUCCCCUGGUGGUACUGCUUUCAUUACACGCUCUAGUGGAAGAGCUCUGCCCCAUUAAAUAGUAUACAAAUAGUUUUGGGUAUCAAAGGAACUAAUCAUUCCUAAACUACACAUUCUUGUUAUAAACCCAACCCCAAACAUUUAAAGCCUGAGAGUUUUUGCAUUUUUUAAAAAUGAUAUAGGUCUUGGUUUUCAAUAAGAUUAAUAUUUUUACAACUUAGUUAAGUCACAGGCUAAGAAUAGAGGUCCCCAUAUCAUUCUUCAUUGUGGAGUGCAAAAAUCUGACUUUGCCUGUGGUGCAGGUGGUACCCAUGUAAAGAAAGACUUUAGAUUUGUUCCAAGAUUCUCUGACAGCAAUUAAAGACAUUAAAGUAAUUGAAGCAAAAACCAUUUAUGAAUUAUUGAAAGGGGAUAGAAUUUAGCUCUGUGGGUUUAAAUUAUUUUUUUUAAAGAAUGUAAAAAUGUGGUAUUUUUGUGCUUAGACAUGUAAUACUUUAGCAAAACUGAUUUAAGAGGGGGUCUUGACUGAAUAAAGACUGACAGAGUGGCCUUUUAGUUGAUGGAGGGGGUUCAGAGAUCAGUUUGCUCUCCUUAUCCUUUUAGAGUAUCCCAAAGGCCAUUUUUAGGUUUGUAAUUUACAUUCUUGCCUAGUCUUUAUAAAAGUAACUGAGGGAAAAAUUCUAUUUUCUGAUUUAUUUUUUAACUUGGAAGAGAAAAAAAAAGGUCCAUGGUUUCAAUGUAUAGUGACAAGGACAUCUAAAUGUGCAGUCUGAUAUGAAUGAUUAGAAGUAAAUAAUGUUCCAAAGGUUAAAAUACACAUUUUAAUUGUAAAGAAAAAAAAAUCUCAUGAACACAAUCAUUUGAGCUGUUACUGUGUUUUAAUCAAAGAUACUGCUGCUUAGCUGUGUUCUCCACCAGCAGCCAAUUAAAAAAAUGGAUACAUCA